CACAAACCCUUAGGGUUUCAAUCUCUAGGGUUUCCUCCAUUUGAAUCCAAUCAAUCUCUACCAAUGGACGCUGAAGAAGAAGAUGCUUCAAAAUCAUCGAACUUUUCUACUCGAUUUGAAGAUGACUUGGUUAAUAAAACCUCCACAGUAGCCGCGGUAACGGACUCACAGGAGGAGGUCCAACGAGAGACGGAGCCUCAAUGCCACUUGGAGUCAGUGGCCGAGUUGAGCGAGGCGCAUGAGACAGCAUCUGUACAAUUAUCGUUGGGUGAAGGAAAAGAGGAAGCUGACGAUUCGGUUCAGAUUGAGCGGGAGUCAAUUGAGUCGCAAACAUUUGCGUCUGCGGUUGCUGGUGAAGCGAACCAGGAUGAGAUGAACGGUGGAGAUUUGGCUGUUUCGACACCGCUGGUUGGUGAUGGGGGUAACGAUGAGGAUGUGAUUUGCGAGGAAGGGAAACAGGCUGAAGAGACGGAAGACAAAGCUGAUGAUUUGAUUAAGGAGAAGGAAAUAAGGGCGGACGUGGUUGAGGAGAAGGAAGGGAGGCUGGACAUGGCAGAGGAGAUGGGAGUAAAAGCCCACGUGGCAGAGGAGACGGAAGUUAGGGCGGACGUGGCAGAGGAGACGGGAAAUGCUGCAGACGUGGUAGAGCAGACGGUUAUAAAGGCCGACGUGGCAGAGGAGACUGAAAUAAAGGCGGACGUGAUAGAAGAGACGGAAAUAAAGGCGGAUGUGACAGAGUUAACGGAGAUAAAGGCGGACAUGGCUGAGGAAACGGAGAUAAAGGCGGACAUCGCUGAGGAAACGGAGAUAAGGACGGAAGUGGCAGAAGUGAUGGAAGAUAGAGCGGCAAUGCUCAAGGAGAUGGAGAUUGCUGAUGAGACGAAGGACGAGGUAACAAGGGGGACAGAAGAAGUGGCGCAGAUGGCAGAAGAGACUGCUAUUGAGAAUGAGAAAAAGGAUUUAGAUGUGACAGAGGAGACCGACGACAGGGAAGGAGUGUUGGAAACGUUGGAGGUUGAGGCUGAGGUAAAGACAGAGGAGAUGGACACGGCUGGCACAGCUAAGGAAACAACUGCUGUUGAAGAAACCGCUGUGGCAAAAACUGCUGGUGCUAUUGAGUUUGGUGAUGUGGCAGAUGAAACGGAGGUGCUAGAGGAGAAUAUUGGGAUGGCUGAUGUGGCUGGAGGAGAAACAGUAUUGGCAGAGGAAACUGAAAUGCGGAAGGGGGCAGAGAUGGAGGAGGUGGAUACAGAGAUGGGUGACAUGGCGGAAGAGGCUGAUGCUGAUAUAGCUGAUGAAAUGGAGACGGCUGAUGUGACAGAGGAAAUAGAGACGGGUGAAGAGUUGGAGGAAGUUGGUAAAACUGUUGGAGGUAAAAGGAAGCGAGGGAAGAACUCUAGACCCAUUGGGAGAGCUCCCUCAAGGAAGAAAUCAGAGGAGGAUGUCUGUUUUAUCUGCUUUGAUGGUGGAGAACUUGUCCUCUGUGAUCGCAGGGGAUGUCCAAAAGCAUACCACCCAUCAUGUGUUAAUCGUGAUGAGGCCUUCUUUCGAGCUAAAGGUCGAUGGAAUUGUGGUUGGCAUCUCUGCAGCAUAUGUGAGAAGAAUGCAUAUUAUAUGUGCUACACGUGUACAUUUUCCUUGUGCAAGGGCUGUAUUAAAGAUGCUGUUAUCUUAUGUGUGAGAGGUAACAAGGGUUUCUGUGAGACAUGCAUGAAAACUGUGAUGUUGAUUGAAAGGAAUCAGCAAGGAAACAAGGACAUGGAUCAAGUAGAUUUUGAUGAUAAAAAUAGCUGGGAAUAUCUCUUCAAGGAUUACUGGCUUGAUUUAAAAGAGCAGCUUUCUUUGAGCGUGGAAGAACUUGCACGUGCUAAAAAUCCAUGGAAGGGAUCUGAUAUACAUGCUGGUAAACAGGAUUCACCUGAUGAACUUUAUGUGGCCACUAAUGAUGCAGGACAUGGUUCAGACAGUUCUUCAGAGAAUGCAGAAGCAACUGUCCCUAAAAGAAGAAAGAUGAAAAGACGGUCAAAAUCCCGUGCCAAGGAGGGUGGUUCGUCGGGAACAACGUUAAUAACUGGUGCUGAGGGGGCAUCUACAGAUGAAAAUGUUGAGUGGGCAUCAAAAGAGCUCCUGGAUUUGGUUAUGCACAUGAGAAAUGGUGAUAAAUCUGUUUUAUCUCAGUUUGAUGUGCAGACUCUCCUACUAGAUUAUAUAAAAAAGUAUAAGCUUCGUGAUCCUCAUGGUAGAACACAUGUUAUUUGUGAUUCACGGCUUCAAAAUUUGUUUGGGAAACCACGUGUGGGGCACUUUGAAAUGUUAAAGCUACUUGAAUCUCACUUUCUUACAAGAGAGGAUUCUCAAGUGGACGAUCUUCAAGGAAGUGUCGUUGAUACUGAAGCUAAUCAGUUGGAGACUGAUGGGAACUCUGACGCCCUAGUAAAAGGGAGUAAAGAUAAGAAACGCAAAACACGUAAAAAGGGUGAUGAGAGGGGUCUCCAAUCUAAUCUUGAUGAUUAUGCAGCUAUUGAUAUGCAUAACAUCAACCUAAUUUAUUUGCGGCGUAAUUUGGUGGAGGAACUUUUAGAAGAUACUGAAACAUUUCAUGACAAAGUUGUUGGUUCUUUUGUGAGAAUAAGAAUAUCUGGUAGUGUUCAAAAGCAAGACUUGUAUAGGCUAGUCCAAGUUGUAGGUACAAGCAAAGUUGCUGAACCAUACAGAGUUGGCAAAAAGAUGACAGAUAUCUUGCUUGAAAUAUUGAAUUUGAGCAAGACAGAGGUCGUAUCAAUGGAUAUAAUCUCAAACCAAGAGUUCACUGAGGAUGAAUGCAAGAGGCUACGCCAGAGCAUAAAAUGUGGACUUAUCAAUCGACUAACUGUGGGUGAUGUUCAGGAGAAGGCCAUGGCUCUCCAGGCAGUCAGAGUAAAAGAUUGGAUGGAAGCAGAGAUAUUGCGCCUGAGUCAUCUACGUGAUCGAGCCAGUGAUUUAGGGCGUAGAAAAGAGCUUAGAGAAUGUGUGGAGAAGUUGCAGCUUUUAAAGACGCCAGAGGAGCGGCAGCGUAGACUGGAGGACAUUCCAGAAAUUCAUUCAGACCCUAACAUGGAUCCAAGUUAUGAGUCUGAUGAGGAUGAGGGUGAAACAGAUGACAAGAGACAAGAAAACUCUAUGAGACCAAGAGGCAGUGGCUUUAGCAGGAGAGGAAGAGAACCUAUUUCCCCUGGGAGGGUAGCUUCUGCUUCAAAUGAUUCUUUUAGUGGGACAAGGAAUUAUUCAGGUGGAAAUAAAGAAUUGAGUAGAAACUUGUCUAAUAAAGGUUUCUCAAACAAAGGGGAUGAUUUGUUUGGAGCUGGCGAGAUAGUGAAUGAAAAUCUAUGGAACCAAGCAAGAGCUAAAGAAACUCAGCAAUUAAACAGUUGGGAGAAGCCAAGAAUUGCUUCAAAUUUAGAAACUAGAAAUCCCCAUUCUGUGGUGUUAUCAGAACCAAAUUCUAGGGUUGUUUCAGAAAUUUCACCAAUACCUGGCUCUACAGGUGGAGCACAGUCUUCUCCCAAAAUUAAUGAAUCAGAGAAAAUGUGGCACUACAAGGAUCCCUCUGGAAAAGUUCAAGGACCAUUUUCUAUGGUGCAGCUGCGAAAAUGGAACAACACUGGUUAUUUUCCUACUAAUUUGGGAAUAUGGAGAUCUAAUGAGAAGCCAGAGGACUCGAUACUUUUGACUGAUGCAUUGAGUGGCAAGUUCAAUAAAGAUCCUCCAUUGAUGGACAGCAGUUUGUCUCAAACGGUCUCAUACUCUGGGAAGCCUCAUGGAGCAACUUUGCAGCAAGGAAUGGAGAUUCAAGUUGGAGGAAAUUCAAACUUCGAUCAGAAUCGUACAGCUUGGAAUUCACAUGAUUCCCUGAGUUCUGUAGCUCAAUCGGUACUUGGUUCUUCUACAGGUGGGGCGGCUUCUUCCUCACUUGAGGUUCCUAAGAGUUAUAGAGAUGGUUGGGGUUCUGAAACGAACCUCCCGUCUCCAACUCCAAGUACCACAGUUCAGACCAAGGGAAAAACUUUUGAAAGAGAAUGGUCACCCACCCCUACUAAACCAUCUGGUCCCCUCAUGAUGGCCAACCAAUUUUCUGGAGGCAAUGGAGGGCAGCAAUCUUCUACUUUGCUUGUUCCAGAGAGUGGGCAAUUGUUGCAUACUUCCAUUCCAACACCUUCUACAUCAAAAUUGAGUGGUAAUGUGGAUAGUUUAAAUAUGUCUCAUGGAGUGAGUUUAGCAUCUAAGCCUGAAAUAGGCGAAUCACACAGGGUGCUAGUCAAUUCCCAUCAGCUACCAGUGACUAAUUCAACUGUUGCCUCUAUGAAUGCUGGUGUUGAUUUGAAAAAUAUUGGUGCUGCUAUCCAGAACUUGGUUCAACCUGUGACUACUCAGAUUCCCCCUGUAGAAACUCAUGGAUGGGGAUCAGGUUUGGUUGCAAGGCCAGAGAUGAUUGCUCCAUCUCCAAAACCUGGGAGUGGAUCUCAAGCAUGGGGAAAUGCUUCAUCUCAGAAGCUAGAGCCAAAUAAUCCAGUUCAUUUGCCUGCUCAAUCUCCUGCUUUUGCUCAACCUCAUGCUUCAUCCUUCAAUACUGGAAAUCCAUCCGGGGUUUUUCCUGCUCCAGGCCAAUCAGGUAUGCCGCCAUCCGAUUCUUGGAGACCUUUACUCCCUGGUCAAUCAAACAUACAGCCACUUCCUGCUCAACCCAACAUACCUUGGGGUAUGGGUGUCACAGGCCAUCAAAGUACUGUGCCAAGACAGGGGCCUGAGAAUCAAAAUACUGGUUGGGGGCAAAUGCCAGUAAACCCAAGCAUGGGUUGGGGAGGACAAUUACCUGCAAGUACAAAUAUGAACUGGGGAACCCAAGGACAAGCACAGGCUCCCGGAAAUGCAAAUUCAGGUUGGUCUGCACCUGUAAAUGGACAAGUUCCUGGAAAUGCGAUUCCCAGCUGGGUGCCACCUGGCCAAGGACCACCACCUGUAAAUGCAAAUCCAGGUUGGGUUGCUCCUGGACAAGGGCCAGCCCCUGGAAAUGCAAAUCCCGGUUGGGGGGCCCCUACUGGGAAUUCAGGCAUGUGGGGAGGUGAACAGAAGAACGGUGGAGACAGGUUCUCAGGCCAAAGAGAUAGGACUCCUCAGGGUGGUGAUCCUGGUUAUGGUGGAGGUAGACAUUGGAAUAGACAGUCACCAUUUGGCAACCGAGGAGGGGGAGAUUCAUCGAGGCCUCCUUUUAAUAAAGGGCAGAGAGUAUGUAAAUUCCAUGAGAGUGGACAUUGCAAGAAAGGAUCUCAAUGUGAUUAUCUACACACUUGAGAUAUGGGAAUUGAAUGGAGCGCUGUGCGCUGUGUAGAGCAGUUCAAUCUGUACAGUAAUUUUAGUUAAAGAAAGUUUGACAUUAAAUCUUUUUAAGCUUUAUACACAGUAUAACCUUUUGUAGAUUAGCAGUUACUUCAUCUUUUUUCAGUUUUGCAGCUCACCUGCUUUUUAUUAAUUUUAUUUGUCUCAGUGAAUCCGCUUUCCUUAUAUUCAAAUAAUAGAAAAGGUUUAAAUGCUUGG